AUGCCGAGGGUGUGGGGGCGCAUCCUCACUUAUUGGUUCUUCCUCUUUGUUCAGGCCAGCUUGCCUUUGAAGUCCCCGUCUUCCGACCUGGAAGCAGUGGAACUGGUCCGCCUACCUCCAACAGCCAGCGACGACACACAGUUACACCAGGCCUUUCACAGCGAGGAUUCCCCCUCAACCCGCGCAUCGUUUCCCUCUACAGCUAGCGAAGGAGCCGAGUCAGUCACAGACGACGCUGCAGACGCGCGACUUCUCGGUGACGUGUCGAAUCCGGGCCCUAGUCAGAUGAAACGCAAGAACCGCAACCCUUCCAAACCUCGCUCCAAGCCGAAACUGACCGUCGCAACCGUCGCAACCGUCGCGGACGACCAUGCGGACGCCAGGAUGAAUUCCAGUAUCGAGAUGCGCAAGAGGGAUACCUCUGCGGAGUCCACGCCGUCUGCGCGCGCGGCCCGGUUCAUGCAGUCUGCUGGCUUUUCCUUGAACGACGACCCUCCUCUCACGCCGCAAACGCCAGCCAUGACCACAACGAGCUUCCGCAACCUUCCUUUUUCUGAUCGGAGAAAUUUCAUGUUGUUGUGCCUGCUUUAUUUCUUGCAAGGCGUGCCGAUGGGGCUGGCAAGCGGGUCUGUCCCGUUCCUGCUCAAGCCCUACCUGUCGUAUGGCCAGAUCGGAGUCUUCUCGUUGGCAUCCUAUCCGUACUCGCUGAAGCUGCUCUGGAGUCCGAUUGUCGACGCUGUCUGGAGCCCAAGAUUUGGCAGACGGAAGAGCUGGAUCACUCCUGUCCAGGUGUUGUCCGGGCUGGCAAUGAUCUACCUAGGAGGCAGGAUUGAAUCUAUGAUGAAGCAAGCCGGCGCCAACGGCGGAGCCGGCGUCUGGGGCUUCACAUGGUGGUGGUUCUUCCUGGUCUUUCUAUGCGCCACUCAGGACAUUGCAGUUGAUGGCUGGGCAAUUACGCUUCUGUCUCAUACAAACGUCUCCUAUGCCUCGACGGCCCAGACAGUCGGCUUGACUGCCGGAAGCUUCCUUUCGUACACUGUUUUCCUAGCGUUUAACUCGGAGGAUUUUGCCAAUCGCUGGUUCCGCUCAGUACCGGCAGAAGGUGGCUUGCUCUCUUUAGGAACAUACCUAUCAUUUUGGGGCUGGACGUAUUUGGUCGUGACAACCUGCUUGGCUGUUCUGAAGAAGGAAGACCGAGUCAUGGAGCGAGACAGCAUCCUAGACGUCUACAAAAGCAUGCUCAGCAUUCUCAAACUUAAAAACAUCCAGACAAUUAUCCUGGUCCACUUGAUCGCCAAGAUUGGCUUCCAGGCCAACGACGGUGUUACAAGCUUAAAACUCCUCGACAGGGGAUUUGGCCAGGACAACAUGGCUCUCGUGGUAUUGAUUGACUUCCCCAUCGAAAUCUGUCUGGGGUACUAUGCCGGGAAAUGGUCGACCCAGUACACCCCAAUGAGACUAUGGUGUUGGGCCUUCAUGGGACGACUGGCGGCAGCUCUCCUGGCCCAGGUCACCGUUAUGAUCUACCCUUCUGGCCCCGGCGUUCCAUUCUGGUAUCUCCUCACUGUGAUCGGUGAACAUGUCAUCUCCACAUUCAUGAACACGGUCAUGUUCGUCGCUGUAUCCGCAUUCCACGCACGGGUCGCCGACCCGGCCAUCGGGGGAACAUACAUGACCCUUCUGGCGACCGUCUCAAACCUAGGCGGCACAUUCCCCCGCUUCUUCAUCCUCAAACUAGUCGACCUCUUCACAGAAGCCACCUGCCUCCCACCUACCAGCACCCCCCCGGCCGAAUCCCUAAAAGACUACUCCCCCAUCACCUCCCCCUUCUCCUGCGCCCUGGAACCGGACAAGAACCGCUGCGUCAAUGGCGGCGGCACCUGCCACGUCAUCAGAGACGGUUACUAUAUCACCAAUAUCCUGUGCGUGGUUAUCGGUGCCGUGACCUUUUGGGCUUUCAUUAAGCCUGCCGCGCGGAAGUUGCAGAGCUUGCCUCUGAGAGCGUGGAGGUUGGGGCAUUCGUCGUCUGGGAGUUAUAGGGCGCCUUGACUAGGUUUUCUUUCAGUGACAGGGCUUGUAUUUUUAUUUUUAUUGCGUUGCCGGCCUUGUGCUUUUCAAGUUUACUUGGGAUUUUGCUGGAUGGAUAGACAAAAAGAUAUAAGUACUAUCUUUAUUUGCUAUAUGAUUAAGUAAUUGGUUCUAAUUAGCUAUAUAUGUCAUUAUAUAGGAUUUUUAUACUCUAC